AUGAAGCUGAUCUUGGCCCUGGUUGGACUCCUGGCCACUCAGGCCAUGUUCCCACCCUCUGAGGGCACCAUUCCAGCUGUCCCAGGGGAGGUGGAAACCGCAAUGGUGCUGACCAGCAUGGAAGAGGCCAAGCAACUGGUGGACAAGGCUUACAAAGAGCGGCGGGAAAGCAUCAAACAGCGCCUUCGCAGUGGCUCAGCUAGCCCCAUGGAACUCCUGUCAUACUUCAAGCAGCCCGUGGCAGCGACCAGGACAGCUGUGAGGGCCGCAGACUAUCUGCACGUGGCCCUAGGCCUGCUGGAGGAGAAGCUUCGGCCAGUGCGGCAACGGCCCUUCAAUGUUACCGACAUGCUAACGCCCUUCCAGCUGAACCUGCUCUCAAAGUCCAGUGGCUGUGCCUACCAGGACGUGGGGGUGACGUGCCCAGACAGAGACAAGUACCGGACCAUCACUGGGAAGUGCAACAACAGACGGAGCCCCACAUUGGGGGCCUCCAACCGGGCCUUUGCUCGCUGGCUGCCUGCCGAGUAUGAAGAUGGUUUCUCACUGCCUUACGGCUGGACACCCGGGGUCAAGCGCAACGGUUUCCCUGUGCCCUUGGCUCGCGCAGUCUCCAACGCAAUCGUGCGCUUCCCCACCGAGCAGCUGACCCCGGACCAGGAGCGCUCGCUCAUGUUCAUGCAAUGGGGUCAGCUGCUGGACCACGACCUCGACUUCACCCCUGAACCUGCCGCCAGGGUCUCCUUCAUCACUGGCCUCAACUGUGAGACCAGCUGCCUGCAGCAGCCACCCUGUUUCCCACUCAAGAUCCCACCCAAUGACCCCCGUAUCAAGAACCAACGUGACUGCAUCCCCUUUUUCCGCUCCUGCCCAGCUUGCACUGGGGGCAACAUCACCAUCCGCAACCAGAUCAAUGCGCUCACCUCCUUCGUGGAUGCCAGCAUGGUGUAUGGUAGCGAGGAUCCCUUAGCCAGGGACCUCCGAAACCUGACUAACCAGCAGCUGGGGCUGCUGAAGGUCAAUGACCGCUUCACGGACAACGGCAGGGCUCUGCUGCCCUUCGACAACCUGCACGAUGACCCCUGCCUCCUUACCAACCGCUCUGUGCGCAUCCCUUGCUUCCUGGCAGGGGACACUCGCUCAAGUGAGAUGCCUGAGCUCACCUCCAUGCACACCCUCCUUGUGCGGGAGCAUAACCGGCUGGCCACACAGCUCAGGCGUCUGAACCCCCGCUGGGAUGGAGAGCGGCUUUACCAGGAAGCCCGGAAGAUUGUCGGUGCCAUGGUCCAGAUCAUCACUUACCGGGACUAUUUGCCCCUGGUGUUGGGGCCAGAGGCCUUGAGGAAAUACCUACCCAAAUACCGCAGCUACAAUGACUCGGUGGACCCACGCAUCGCCAACGUCUUCACCAAUGCCUUCCGCUAUGGCCACACCCUCAUCCAACCCUUCAUGUUCCGCCUGGACAAUCAGUACCGGCCCAUUAGCCGUGUCCCACUUAGUGAAGUCUUUUUUGCCACCUGGAGGGUGGUACUGGAAGGUGGCAUAGACCCCAUCCUCCGGGGUCUCAUGGCCACCCCUGCCAAGUUGAAUCGCCAGAACCAAAUUGUGGUGGAUGAGAUUCGGGAGCGGUUGUUCAAGCAGGUCAUGAGGAUUGGACUGGACCUGCCGGCUCUGAACAUGCAACGCAGCCGGGACCAUGGUCUCGCAGGAUACAAUGCCUGGAGGCGCUUCUGUGGACUCACACAGCCAAAAACGGUGGGCGAGCUGGGCACUGUGAUGAAGAACCUGGCCCUGGCACGGAAGCUGAUGGCCCAGUACGGCACACCCAACAACAUCGACAUCUGGAUGGGUGGCGUGGCAGAGCCCCUGCUGCCCAAUGGCCGGGUGGGUCCACUCCUUGCCUGCCUAAUAGGGACCCAGUUCAGGAAGCUCCGGGAUGGUGAUAGGUUUUGGUGGGAGAACAAGGGUGUGUUUAGCACACAGCAGCGGCGGGCCCUGGCCAAGAUCUCCCUACCUCGUAUCAUCUGCGACAACACAGGCAUCACCACUGUGUCCAAGAACAACAUCUUCAUGUCUAACACGUUCCCCCGGGACUUUGUCAACUGCAGUACGCUCCCUGCAUUGGAUCUGACCUCCUGGAGGGACAAGGCCUAA